CAUUCAAGUUCACUCUACAUGGCAUCCACUCUUGCCAGACAAUAUUGUUCGACAAUUUCUAUAGGUAUGCAUCCUGCUGAAUAAUAGAAAAAAAAUGAAAUCACAAGUACAUGUACUAUGAAUAGCGUGUUGUAUUAUUGUGACCUGCAGGCAUGUGUAUGUAGUGUGACAGCUAGCAAAUACUGUUUGGAUGCCUGAAUGGAUACGUGAUGAUGCUUGCCAACUGGGCCAUUUCAUUCCAGAGGGCCGGGGAAAACCACAUGCUUAUGGCGCUGUACUGCAGCGGCAUGUCAAUCUGAGCUGUUAUAACAAUAUUCCAUUGAUUUUGAAGCAGUUAUAUAGCAGACGGCAGGUUGGAAUUGUAUAGGGCAAAUUUUUUUGCCGUGUUGUGUUGGCGGGAAAGAAUGACCGAGCCUGGAUUCAAAUUCUCACGACUCGGGGCGGGAGGAGAGGGAAACGGGAGUCAAGAGGCUGAACUUGUGCAACCAGCGGAUUCCUCGUCGAAUGCGAUGACGACGAUGAUGUUGGGCGAUGGGUCCAGUGCCAUGGGAUCGGCCAAAGCGGUUAGGAGAACGACCCUCUUGUUAAUGGCGCUCGUGGGAGUCGUCUGUCUACUCUCUGUUGUUUUGUCUGGACUCGCUCUGUCACGUGUGGUGUCUCUGGAGCCAGCAGAGAAAAUAUGGACGUUUGCGCUUGGAGAGACGCACAUGAACAUGCACUACAUAGACGGUCAAACUCUAGAAAUGGACGGAUUCGAUGUCGAGAUAAUACAAUCGAUUUGUAUCAAAGCGGGUAAGAGAUGUAGGAUAGUGACUGAUGAUUAUACUAAUUGCUGGAAGUCACAGAAGGGCUCCCCUGCCAGGGGUGGGGACGGUCUCUAUGGAGGAUGGUACGACGGAUGCGCAGGUUGGUCCCAGACUCCAGAAAGAGAAAGGGCCUUUUCAUUCACCAAACCUUACACCAAGGCAUUCGAGAGUGUCUUCUAUAGACUAACAGAUUCACCAGCCGGAAGCUUCGACCCAUCUAACCUGGAAGGCAAGAAAAUUGGAUUUCUUGACGGCUAUUCAAACGAUGAGCAUUGCCUAAACAAACAACAGCGUGUUCAGGGUCUACCACUGCAGAAAGAGCAGGUAUUCCAUUACCUAACAGCCAGUGAUGCAGAGGCUGCAAUGAAAAAUAAUGAGAUUGAUGCAAUAUACAGCUCCAAAACCAUCAGCUAUCCAUCAUCUUCCAUGGUACAAGGGUGGAGCUUCAAUUGUUCGAGUGGAGGUUACUCAAUCAUGACCCGGAAGGACUCUCAUCUCAGGGAUUGGUGGAACCCGGCGUGGGAGAAGGUCUAUAAGAGCGCCACCUACCACCUAUUGUGUAAUACACUAGAACUCAGGCAUGGUAAAUUUCCUGGCCUGAACAGCAAGGACAUAUGCCUGCCCUACAAAUAAUGUGCCUUUUCAACUUAUCUUUCUCAUAAUGUACUCAAGACUCAGAGCCUUAAUUAUUAUGUCAUGUGUUUCUAUGAGCCUUUUUGAAAAAGUUACUAUGUGCAUUAUUUUGUACUUAUUGUAUUUUCAGGUGGAUUAUUUUGUCAAGCCAUUUAUUUUUUAGCAUGUCCUAUUUUAUGGCUUUCUUAUAACGAUUGUAAACAUAAACUUAUUUAUUCCCAAAACAGUUAAUAUUUCUGGUGUAUAAUAAGUUUAGAAGUUGAAAUGUGUAGUGGCUGCUAUUUGUGAUUUACCAUGGUAAUAAAUCUAUUAGAAAAUCUGAAAUAUUGAAGAGAAUUAUGUUUUCUGAAAUGCCAUUUAGUAUACAAAUAUACCAGGCUUUGAGUAAGUAUACCAGAAGUUAUUUUUCCGAGGUUGGACUGGCAUUACUAUUUAGUAAAUAGGAAAUAGUUAUUUGCCAGUAUACGACCAAUGAUGAAUAAUUCCCUCUAUACUUUUGAAAUAAAGGCCUGAUAUAUUUUUUGUAUAUCCUACAUUUAAUAAGUUGGAACAAUAGGUCUUGAUAAUCUAGUUCUUGUACACGUAAUUCAUCUUUUUCAAAAUCUGAACCAAGAUAUAGAUAACGUGCUAACUGAUCUACUUUUCCUGAAACCAUGCGCUCGGCGAAACGCCGAUUUGUGCCUGCGCCAUCUCUUCACAGGGCUUGCCUGGUAGAGUCAACUCGCUGACCAGUGCGCCCGAGAGGUUAAUGUUCAGUGACGUCUAUGAUGGAACAGUGCACUAUUCCAUCAUUGACGUCACCGAACAGUUAAUUUUCUUCAGUGGGUGUUUCAUUUUCAACAUCAUCGCAAAAUAGUGAUGUGUUUGGUCACAUGAUUCUAUUUAGACCAAUCAGCAUACAGGAUUCAAUUUAUGUUGGAUGUAAUUUCAACUACUGGUAUGUUAAUAAACCAAAUCUCUCUUCGAUUAACAUCAUGUCCCUGAAAAAAGUGAAAUUGCAAUUGAUAAAUGACAAGUCUGUUUAGGCACUCCUAUGUCAUUUGAUGCAACUUACAAGGUACAUAGUGUAUGCAUGAGUGAAAGCAACAGCAAUUUGAAGAGAGUGCACUGGUAAUUUAUUUUGUGGAAAGUGAAAUUAUCCAGGGAAAAUAUCACAUUUCCAUGAAAUUUGUUUCCUGCUGUUAAAUUUUUCUAAAAUCAAAGAAAAUGUUGGAAUGAUAAGCCACUACUAGUAUUUGACUAUUUGAUGAAAAUAGUGAUUUGCUGAGUUUUGAUGCCAAGCUUUACUGCUCCAAGCCUAUCAAUUGUUUAGGAACAAGGAGUGAGUUGUAUACAACACAACUUUGCAAGUGCUUGCCUUUAAUAACAUGCCUACACAGAAACUGUUCACUAUUUUUAAGGUUUAUAAACCUCAUACAUGUAUAUUAUGGAGUGGAGGGUAUUGUCUUCUUGUCUUAUUUUUGUAACUUGUACUGCUUUCUAAAAGUAUGUGUGUCUUAUAUGACGCCACUCUCACUACCUUCCUAAAACUAGUUUACUGGAAACUAGUUUGAGUGGAAACUAGUUUAACGUGUAAUGAGAACGGUUGAAGCGAUCUUCCAAACCGGUUCAUAAAACCACCUUGCGAUGUAGUUUUCAAGAUCGCUUUGCCUCGUUUAACUGGUUUUAGCAUAAUUGAGGACACAACAGUUCUUCGGGAAGCGAUCUGUGCACAUUUUGAGCGUGCUACUCUACCUACGCUGCGGUUUCAAAUUUCGCAAAAAACGUGUCGCCACAAUGAGAGCAUUUACACAUCAACAAGAUCGCUUUAAAUGGAAGCGAUUUUGAAAACCACUUUCGUGUGAUCAAAUGGAAACGCUAGCAAAGCAAUCUUCCAAACUGGUUUCCUGACCCGGUUACCAGUAAACUAGUUUUGGAAAGUGUAAUGAGAACGGGGUCUUAGAGGCCUAUUCUGUAACUUUCAGUCUAUCAUGUCAAAAAAAAUAUGUAAAACAUAAUCUCGUACAAUAAAAUUCAGCUUUUAUCUUCA